CCUUAGAAUCACACACAGCCCCUAUAUUACAAAAUGAACUCUGAAAAAAUUGUUGCCUUGAUCCUUGCCGUUUUCUUGCCUCCAUUGGCCGUCUUCAUGAAGUACGGCUGUGAAAAGGAAUUGUGGAUCGACAUUAUCCUCUGUAUAAUCUUUUACUUCCCUGGUAUGUUGUACGCCGUGUACUGUGUCUUGCAAGACUAAGUGCCCGGCUGGUCUCUCGAGCCAUGCCUUCCAGCCCCAACUGGCAUAUGCUAGGCUUCUAAACUCACCCGGUAGCGAUGGUUCAGAUGUUGCCAACAGCAAUUUGCAGUCCUCCACGU